ACAAAGAGAUGCUGAUGAAAGAAAAAUUGUUCAUCAUUAUCAGAUAGAUUCUUCAAAAAAAAGUUUAGCCGAUACUAUCGAUAUAAGUUCUAUGACGGUCGAAUCAUCAUAUGAGGGACCUAGAAUGCCAGAUAAGGGUGUUACAGAAGGUUUCAUCAAGGAGACGAUGGAGUAUUUCAAAAAUCAGAAAUUAAUUCAUAGAUUAUAUGCCUAUAAAAUUAUUCUGGCCGUACGAAAGCAUAUGUUGGCGUUACCUUCAUUAGUAGAUAUAACAAUACCUAAAGACGCAACACUGACAGUAUGUGGCGAUGUUCAUGGUCAAUACUACGACUUAUUGAACAUCUUUGAAAUCAAUGGCCUACCAUCUGAAAAGAACAUUUACUUAUUCAAUGGAGAUUUCGUAGAUCGAGGAUCGUUUAGCGUCGAAAUAAUACUGACAUUAUUUGUAUAUCAAUGGCUUUACCCAAAAGGACUUUAUUUGACACGUGGAAAUCACGAGACAGAUGACAUGAAUAAAGUGUACGGAUUCGAAGGGGAAGUCAAAGCAAAAUAUUCGGAUACUAUGUUCGAUUUAUUCGCCGAGACUUUUGCAACAUUACCGCUUGCUCAUUUGAUUAAUGGAAAGAUUUUUGUCACACAUGGUGGACUGUUCAGCCGAGAUGAUGUGACACUUGAUGAAAUAAGACAAAUAAAUCGGUUUAAGAGAAAGCCAGAGUCCACGGGACUGAUGUGUGAACUACUUUGGUCUGAUCCACAAAAGAAUCCUGGUCGUGGUCUAAGUAAACGUGGAGUAGGGAUACAAUUUGGUCCUGAUGUAACAGAAAAAUUCUUGAAACUGAAUAAUUUAGAUUUACUGAUACGGAGUCACGAGGUGAAAGAAAAUGGAUACGUAAUAGAACAUAAUGGGAAAUGUAUCACAGUGUUUUCUGCGCCGAAUUACUGGUACAUGUGUAUAGGAGCCCUAAUAAGAAUCAGUUCGGAUCUCCAAAUGACCUAUAAAACUUUCGAAGCCGUGUCACAUCCUAAUAUACGACCAAUGGCGUAUGCUUCUCAAUUUGGGGGUCUGAUGUGA